AUGAUCACAGUCACUCUCAAACAGGUUCAUUAUCUGCUGACCCUCGAAAGUAUGUUUCACACGCUUGUGAAGCCUGUCGCUCCAGAAGAUCAAAGACGGAGGGGCAAGCUCAAGAAGCACGAAACGGACGCUCUGGUCCAGCAGGUCGAAACUUUGCAGGGGAUUUUAUCUGCUUUGCAGAUUUCCCCCGAGGAAGAUGCCUUGGAGUUGUUGAAGAAAAUCCGCCGCCAUGAAUCAUCCCUUGUUGACUUCUGGUCUGCAUCGGGGAGGCCGUCCCCGGUCAGCGAAACCCUGGCGGACUAUCGCAGAUCGCAGGAAAGGGAUACGAAGCCCGUGGAUCAACAUCCUCAUGCUUCAACACCUCAAAUAUACACUCCCGACAAUUUGCCACCCCUAGAAAUGGUCAGGCUGGGUAUUGCAGCUUAUUAUAACUGUUGCUUUACCUUGUUCUACCUUUUCCAGGAGCAGCAUAUCAAUGAACUGGUCCGACACAUGUACCAAUCCGAAGAGCCAGUGGACACUGCGACCCUAUGUGAAGUUUGUGCUCUGGCUGCCGUGGGAAGUCAGUACGACGCAGACCACGUUCCACAGCCUGUCAUGGAAGCUUUCUACAGGACAGCAUCCGUGUAUAUGCAUGACUGUGUCGAGGCCCACUAUCUGCGCGGCAUGAGAAUGCUUCUCUGCCUCAGCAUCUAUUCAUUCAUGACAAAAAGGAGCAGUGCUCGUCUUUCCGUUGCAUCCGGGAUACAAAUAGCCCGAUGGGCACGCCUACAUCGACAAGUCACUUCCCAUGACUUGCACCUAUGGAGACGAGUCUACCGAACUUUGGUAUUUAUGGAAUGUUGGCUCGCUUCGAGCCUUGGCUACCAAUUCGAUCUCACCGAAGAGGAGUUGAAUUUCGCACAGUUGGAAAUUGCGGAGCCAGUGCCCUCGCUAGAGAAUGCAAUUCAGGCUCAAAUGAGCGCGGUGGGCAUUCUCAUGGCAAAUAUCCUACGGGACGUGUACCGGUCGAGUUCUGCUGUUUUCUUAAUCGUGGAGAAACACGCGCAUAUCCUAGACGACUGGCGACGAUCACUUCCGGGGUAUAUGCAGCUUUCGGCUAUACUGGAUUCGUCCUCGGAAAACUUGGAAGAGAAACAUCGACGGUCUCUAGUGCUCGUGCAUAUCAUGGGUUAUGGGGCUCAGAUUCUGCUACAACGUCGCCUGCUUGUGGCCAUGGCGGAAUGCAAAAUGAACAAACGCUGGACCCUGGACGGCUCCCGAGAAGAAGGUGCUGCUGUCCAUCAAGAGUGCGUCACUGCUGCUGUGACUUGCGUUCAGCUUCUCGAAUUUCUGAGCUAUACAGGGAACAUGCUCCGGCGAUGCUGGUUAUGCAUUGGACACGCCUUCAGUGCAUGUAGCGUCCUUCUGUUCGAAGCAGCACAAUCUCUCCUACACGGUCUUUGGACUGGAGUAGAAGACACCCUCGCACAUUCACAAAAGUGCAUUCACGUCCUCCAAGAUUGCAGCGUCGCCGACCAUGUGGCCAAAACAAUGGUGGAUAUCGUCCAUCCGCUACACGAGGAACUCGUCACCCUCUCCAAAACCGACUCAUGGCAAACUCGUCGAAGUGGUAUCUACGACUUGUUGCAGAAUCCUCACCCGGAGCAUAGUCCGGAUCACGCUACGGAUCACUCGACCAUUGACAGUCAACCCGUUCACCCUGUUGCAAUUCCGGCCAUGCAGAAGGCGAUUGAUGUCCUUGGAAACCCUUUUGCACAUCCUCGAAGGCUUAAUAUCGACAGCUUUUCCCCUGCCGACCCAGACGUUCCUAGCUGGUGGAACUGA